AUGAACAAGACCAUAUAUCUCUCGAUUUUAUCCCUCCCAAUAGUUUACUCCCUCCAAUCAAUCCUCUCCCCCAACUACUCAGGCAACCCCGUCUUCCCGGGCUGGUACGCCGAUCCCGAAGCCCGCAUCUUCAACUCCCAAUACUGGAUCUACCCAACCUACUCAGCGGCCUACGAAUCCCAGACCUUCUUUGACGCGUUCUCCUCCCCGGACCUCCUCGUCUGGUCCAAACACCCUCACAUCCUCAACCUCACGGAUAUCCCCUGGUCCACAAAUCGCGCCGCAUGGGCACCCUCCGUCGCGCCCUCCCGGUCGGGAGAUGACUACUUCAUGUAUUUCUCCGCCGGGGAUGGCGCCGGCAUCGGCGUCGCGAGAUCGAUCUCUGGUGGUCCUGAGGGGCCGUUUCAAGAUGUCCUGGGGAGACCUCUAGUCGGGGAGGUUGUGAUGGGUGCGCAGCCUAUCGAUGCGCAGAUCUUUCGCGACGAUGAUGAUCGCGUUUGGCUGUAUUUCGGGGGUUGGAAGCAUGCUGUUGUCGUCGAGUUGAAUCAGGAUAUGAUUUCCCUUAAGGGGGAGUUUCUGGAGGUUACCCCGAGUGAUUAUGUAGAGGGGCCGUGGAUGUUGAAACGGGAUGGGGUUUAUUAUUUUAUGUAUAGUGUGGGCGGAUGGGGAGAUAACUCCUACGGCGUCAGUUAUGUCACGGGACCAUCUCCCACCGGACCGUUCUCAUCCACUCCUACCAAGAUCCUCGAGGGGAAUAGUCGCGUCGGCACCGGUACAGGCCAUAAUAGUGUGUUUACCCCCGACGGGGAGAACUACUAUAUCGUCUACCAUCGACGGUUUGUCAAUGAUACCGAGCGCGAUCAUCGCGUCACCUGUAUCGAUCGGAUGGAGUUUGAUCACAACGGGAAUAUUCUCCCGGUGAAGAUUACGACCGAGGGGGUGGAGUGGAGGCCUCUAUCUUGA